CGCAGCUUACGCUGAACACUUUUUCAACUUGUCCCCCACAUAAGACCGCACUCCUUACCUCUACCCGCCAUACUCCACAGAUCGCUCACAACUUACAAUCAGCCGGUUAACCGCUUGAAGGUAAUUCGCUAUGGAAGAAGUCUACACAAAAAUACAAGCCUAUCUGAUAAAGAAGGAUAGAGAAUGUGAGACACUGAGGUUUCUCACUUCUCGAACGACAGCAACAAAUGUGGCGCAGAUAACAGAUAUUUGUACUUCAAUAAAAGCCAUACUAGACUGCGCUAGGAAAAAACAUGAUACAGACUCGACUAUCAUAAUUGAUGAGAGAUCCGUCCAGUACUUCAAAUUUCUACUACUCAACACCAAAUUCAAAGUCCAAGAACAUUUUUGCGAUGACGAAGUCAAUGGACAUUUGGUAAAUAUGUGCCCCCCAUUGUCUCCUUAUUUGUUCAUUGAAAUACUGUGGGCCCUUAACUACAAUGAAAUAUUAUGCUACUCCUUUGCUCACAUUCCAAUAGAUUUGUGCACCGAAAUACUGAACAUAUUGCACAGAUGCGUGGAAAUAGAUUUACAGCGAGCAUUCGACUUCAUCUUGAAAGUGAUUGUCAAUUGCUACAAAAAGCUUCUCUUAGUGAGCCAUCGACAUACUCAAGUACUCGAGCCAGAGACAAGCUUGAAAACAUUUGUUGGAAGUGUUCAAGAGCUUCUUUCUCUGCUUCUUGGAAUCCAGAAGAAAAAAAGUAAAGAAUCGACACAGCCUGUAAAAUAUAAAUGGUGCGGCUGGGUGCUAAUCCGCCUCCUGGAUGCAGUAAAGGAAUGCCUUACAUGCAGAACAAUGGAGAAUGUCUCUUCACAAAUGAAACAGGAUUCAGAAAAGUUAUAUGGAGUGAUGUUCGGGCGACGUUUUACAGUCAGACUUGAUCCGGAUGUUGUAGCAUUGGCUAUAGAUGAUCUUACUCAAGAAUUUAUUCAUGUGCUACUUGAACAUGUUAAAAAAAUUGACAUGCACGUUUACCUAGGAUGGGCAGACAUUGACUACGAGGACAAUAGAUCAAUAACAAUGCAGCGUGCAGUCGGUCUAGCUUGUUACUAUUUUAUAGAAUAUUUUCAGACUAGCGAUGAGGCGGAGAAACAUAGCAAUGUUAUAGAUUGCCUGCAGCAAUUGUCUAGCCAGCCGGACACGCCGUCAUCAAUGAGCCUGCAGGAGCUUGUUAGGAAAGUGGAGCAAGGCAAUAGAGAAUGCUUGAGAAACUUAAUCAAGAGAUUUACAGAAUGGGAUACUGUAGCAAUUUCAUGCCUGGAUAAAAAUAGUGCAUUCAUUGAUAAAAAUGAAUGUUUAGGCAUACUCAAUAAUACUGUAGAAUUUUUCGAUGUGACUCCUGCGGACAAGGAACUCUGUACUCAAAUAUAUACAGUAGCAAUGAAAAUAUUGCUCAGUCAGAAGAUGGUAGACAUGGUAGAAAUUGUUGUGGAAUUUAUUCUGGUUCAUGACGCAUGUAUAGUACUAGAGUCAGUAAACUUUGCGUCUGACUUACAAAAUUAUGUUAACAAUGGUGGGGCAUUGUGUUCAAACAAUAACUCAUUGCGGAUUAUCUUAUUUUUUAUUCUUCAGAAUCCUAGAGAAGUUUUAAAGGUUUUGAUAAAAGCUGCUAUUGGUUACCCUCAAUACAGGAAUUGCGUUGUAUUGCCAGAAGAUCUCUGUAAGUUAUCAUCAAUAAUGAAAAUUCGCGAUGCUAAUCAUUGCUUGAUUUUAACGAAUGCCCUAGUGUCAAUUUGCAGUGAAAAUACAGCUUGGAGUUGUAAGAAAUUCAUAGAAUUUGUACAGAUCUUAACAGAAAGAAGUAUCAUUUUGGCUGAUGAUCUUCUGAACGACAUAUUUAUCCCAUGUUUGAAAAGAGAAAUCAUUUUUCCAAACAUGAAUUCAAUGCUCGCUAGCAUACGAAAUGUGAAGGAUCAACUGACUCCAAAACUGAGGAAUGAAGAAUUGCUUUAUGUUUUAGCUGUACAGAUAGGUUCGUUGCGUAGAAAUACUAGUCUCCCAAUAAGCGGCAAAGAAGAAGCACUAAACUGCCUAAUAAGGACAAUUAGGCUCUUCACUGAAGGCCCACUGAAUUCUCUUGGUGUCGAUUGCAGGGAUUCUUCCAUACAGAAUUUGGAAGCUGUAUUACAACCUGUUGACACAACUUACUUCAUUUCGCAAUGGAACUGGAUACAAAAUAACAUAAUCUCAGCUCAGGUACUGCAGGAAUAUAAAAGGCGAUAUUAUUGUAUCAUGAACAGGUUAAAAACUAUCGAGAGUUGCAACACAAUCAUGGAUGACGUCUUUAUUACAUAUGGUAUUCAAUGUCGAGAUUUUUUGCAUCAUGUAAUAUUGGAGUGUACAGAAUUUGAGUACCUAAGGUUUGCAAAAGAUGCGAUAAUAAUGAAUUGGAAUGACUUUGGAUGGAAGAAUGAACUAGAUGCUUAUGCUAAUCUUUCUCUAUCUACAACAAAUGCGUGCAGUCAUUACUUGAUCUCACAUGAUCUAUUAGAAGCUUGGAAAUGUGUAGGUCAGAAGAUAACAUCGCUCAUCAAAAGCUUGGGAAAACUUACCUUAUGGUUUAUUAGUAUUGAUCAAAUGAAUGAUUACGAAUCAGUGCAGAAGAGCCUAGUCACUGCUAUAAGCUUUUUGAAUCUAACUCUUCCAUCACAUUUAUCUGAAUCGCUUAAAACGAAAAUGAAUGUAUUUGCCCAUAGUCAACUGUAUUCAUAUGGAAUGAUUAGAAAACUGAUUAAAGCUAUUUGCGAAUUUGGAGACGAAUGUCUGUGCAGUUAUGAGCACUAUAUAUCGAACACUAAUGCUACAUCAUUAUCUACUUUACGAUUUUACGUCAAUUGGAAGCUUAUUUCGAUUUGUACAAACUUGCCCAAAGCUGACCAAAGUUUGUUUAUAUCAAAGGUUGAAAAAAAAAUUAUACUCGAUGUCACACAGGCAUGUUGUUAGUAGAAAUGUUGCCUCCUGAUGAAUGAACUAAAAUACCGUCAACUCCCGCAUUUGUCAUCACAUCCAUUUUCACAUACAGUUCAGUAUUGUUGUCUCUGUGAUUGGGAAAGAGAGAAUAAAAAAGCUAUGCUAAAGUGUCUGAAGGUUGUAAAAAUUGUUAGAUUUCAUACAGGAAAAAGAAAAACUAUAUACUUACCGUCGGUAACUCAUCUCGUCAUUGCAUGGGAAACCACUAUCAGCUUUCCUUUUUAUCUCACCCCAUUAUCUCGCUUUCCUUUGCCUGACACUCUGAGCUAUUGGUUGAAAACUAACAUCAGAGGAAUGCUUCGUCUUAUGCAUACUUCGAGGUAGGAUAAUUGCCUCAUUACAGCUGUAGUCUGAUGGGAAGAGCCAAUGAAAUGCAGAUAAUUUUAAAAGUGAAUAUGGUCCAAAGUUCGAUCGUUGCUAAAUUUAGCUCACUUCUUGACCUUGAAUGUACUUAUAUGUAACAUACGUCAAACGAACAAAAGAUUUUCAAUUCAUACGGACAGCCAGUAGUAUUUGUAGCAGAGCUUGUGUAGACCAUUAAUUGUUUCAUAUAAAACGUUCAUGGAACAAGUACAGGUGGUAAAUAAUGAUGAAAUAAUUAAUGCUGCCAGGAAAAUUCUGUUCCAUGUUAAAUAUGGUAUUUUUUUUUGCUAUCCGUCAAAUUUCUAGUCAGAUUUGACAGAUCGGUAAAAAUAAAACCAUAACUUGACCAUAUGAUGUAUAAUUUUUUUACCUGUAUUAUUUGUAAAGUAUUGACAUUUAUACACUGCGUGCAGUAAUAAGAAAUUCGGGCGGUUACAAGAAAUGUGAAUCACCUGUUGUUUGAAUUUUGUAUGAAAUUUCCGAUUGUAUGAAUUCAGAGGAUACGAGAUUUGAUACUGUAAGUGAAGAAUUUUUCUAACAUGUGAAUUGUGUUCAAGAACAUAGAAGAUAGGAAAAAAAUAAUUUACAAAAAUAAAUAAUUAUUCUGCGUGCAAAUGUUUGAACAAGAAAAAGAAUCUGAAUGUUGCUGUUUGCUUGAUGAAUGUAAACCAUUUAAAAAAUAACGUAGCUCAGAAUGUAGAAUGUAAGCAAAAGUUAGUCGAACUCUGCGAAAACCAAAUAAAUGUAUACACGUAUCUAAAUAAAAACGACCCAUUGUAACGAAAGUAUUAUUGCAUUUCCUAUAGUGUGCGUUGGAAUACGUGCAUUGCACAGCUGUGGCAUAGUUUGUUAUUCUGAAAUAAGCCACAUUGCCAAUGAUAGUGAAAUCGAAUAUGUGUUCCUAAAAAUAAACCUAUUUUAAAUAAAUACAUUGAUCAGAGCUGAGUUUCAACAUUGAAAAUUCAUUUUUUCUUCCUCAUUUAGUGAACUAGAUGUAACUGGAUCCAUGUACAAUUAAGAAAGGAUUGUCUAGCUAUUUCAUCAUUGAAAUUUAUGUAAUACGAAAUUACUGGUAUGAAAAAAUGACAGAUUGAUGAAAUUUUUACAAACAGAUAAAAGUGGUGUAAGGUAUUACUGAAAAUUGAAAAAAAAAUGUACAACUACUGUAAAACUUGGUUUGUUUCAUUCUAUAUUAUAUUUGUGCGAUAUUGCCAAAAUGCCAUUACAAUGGUUAAUGAUAAAAAAUGUGAAAAAAUGUAUGCACGGUAGAAAAUUGUGCACUGAACCGUAAACUAUAAUUAGCAAAUUACACAGUGUUCCAAAUAGAUAUUCGUCCAUUUUGGGCAAAAUUUUGUUUGAAAUCAAUCCUUAAUGCUGCACUUAACUCAAACAUAAUUUUAAUCAGAAUAAACCAGCGCUCAAAUAUAUUAUUAUGUACAAUCAGAAAGCAGCAUAAUAUUCAAAAUUAUAUCAUUGGUCUAGAAUUAAAUAACGAGUAGGAAGACGUGGAAAUAAUUAAUUGACAAAGCAGACAAUGCAACCGAAAUGCGAAAUACCUUAUAAAUUAUGAAAUGCUGAAAAGGAUUGAAAUUUUUUCCAAUACAUUAGGAAUAUUAGCAGUUGAAGUAAGAUUACUCCUCUUGCGCAACUGUGAAACAAUUUCCAAAGGCUUAAUCACAGUUAAUAAUCAGAAAGAAGUUGGUGCAU